AGGAGAUUGUUUAGAAAGACGACGGGAGGUUAAAACUGCAGUUCCGAUGUUUAAAGAAGAGAUAGUUUCACAGUUGACAAUCAACGUUAUCUAACUUUUCGUAAACUGCAGCUUUCCAAAGAAGAAGGAGGAAAAGGUGUGUGUGUGUGUGGGUUUUCCAAAACCUCCAUCGAAAAUUGUUGUUUUCGGUUUAGAUUACUGAAGGCGAAUUAACACGUUAACAAUACAAUUACCGCAAGGAACGAGGUUUAUUAGAAUACGUGUAGAACACUCACAAAACAUAGUUCACGUUUCAACCGCAGAGAAGUUGAUGUCCGGUAAACUUUUUGUGCUUUCUUUUUGUAAAGGUUCAAUUUUAAAGUUUCCUGGUCGUUUUAAUCCGUCUGUUUUACUCUCUGUGAAUAGUACGAUGGUAGCGGACUAGUUCAACUGUCUGUGAGAUGAUCCAGUCAAGAUAGAAAUGAGCUCCAUGUGGUGCCUGCUAAAAUUUGACAAAAGCAAUGGCGGACUGUUGUCACGACAAAAUAUCACCUGAAGAUUAUACUCAUCCUCAUCGGCGCAUAGAUUAAUGAAUAUCAUCUCUGAAAACACUUUCAGUAAGGUGUUGUAAUUUUCUUUUUUUUUAAAUAAGUGAGCUAAACAUCAGAUGCAAUGUUUUGUUUGUUUGUUUUUCAUUUCGACGAUAUUAGGUCGACCAAGCCUUAGUAAAAGUCUUACUGAGGUUUAUUAGGUGAAUUCGAUAUUAACAAUCAAUAACAUUAUUUUAGUGCGGCUCUUUGUUUUAUUAACAUUCCUAAAACAUUCUCGAGUUAUUAUAAUGUUUUGACUAUUAAUAUUAUUAAAUAUCUUGGAAGACAUGCAUUUUAGCUAAGAGUAAGAUUAUGCUGAAAAGAAGGCAAUAAGGGGAAGUAAGCUUAAUUUUAGCCUACACGGUCUGGAGAAAAUUAUUAUUCAGUUUUCAACGGAAUUGUCUUAUUUCUUCAUAAAAAAGUUACAGAAGACCGUUGACAGAAGAUUUAGAUGAUGGCCUAUCGAAGGAAGACUGGAUGCCGUAACGGACAAACGGCAAACACCGAAGAUGGGCCCCAUCUUAUCAUAUAUAAGAAGAUGGAGCGUAUACUCGAGAAAAUGCAAGAUGAGCAGAUUGGAGUUCCUGUAAAAACUGUGAAGAGUUUUAUGACCAAGAUUCCUAGUGUUUUCACAGUGGAAGCCCUUCAUUUGGCACACUUAAUGGCUGCUCACGGUUACAUUUUUUGCAUCGACGAUCACGUGCUGACAGUCAAGGCUGAUGGCACCUACUACAGGUUUCAGACUCCUUAUUUUUGGCCAUCAAACUGCUGGGAACCUGAAAAUACGGAUUACGCUGUCUACUUGUGUAAACGAACCAUGCAGAAUAAAACAAGACUGGAGCUGGCGGACUACGAGGCUGAAAAUCUAGCACGUCUCCAGAAAAUGUUUUCCAGGAAGUGGGAAUUCAUUUUUAUGCAGGCUGAAGCACAGGCAAAAGUAGACAAGAAACGAGACAAGUUGGAAAGAAAAGUCCUGGACAGCCAAGAAAGAGCCUUUUGGGACGUGCACCGGCCAGUGCCAGGAUGUGUCAACACUACAGAACAUGAUAUCAAAAAAGCUUGCCGUAUGAACAAGUCAACAAGACGUGCCAAAGGGAUUAUUUGUGGAAGUAAGGCCAACCCCAUGUCGGAAGCGGAUAUAGCACGAUCUACAGAAGCCUUGCGCAAAGAGAUCGCUUCUCUAAAGAGUAGGUUAGAUCGAAGGAACGUCAAGAUAUCGAAAGUAGGUGAAUCGUACGUUAGUUAUUUCGAACAAUAUCAAGAAUAUGACCCUUUCCUGACCCCUCCCGAGCCAUCAAGUCCCUGGGUGUCUGACAGUCCGGAAUUUUGGGAGGUAGAAAAACAGACCAAAGAAGUUCCCCCCAGAAGAGUCCGAAGGUGGGCAUUUUCUCUCCAGGAGUUACUCAAAGACCCCGCCGGUCGGGAACAGUUUAUCAAGUUCCUGGAGAAAGAGUUUAGUGCGGAGAAUCUCAUGUUCUGGGAUGCUGUGCAAGAAUUGAAACAAGUACAUUCCAAAGAUGUUCCUGUUAAAGUUCAGGAAAUAUGGAACGAAUACCUGGGUCCUGACGCUAAUUCUCCAAUCAACAUCGAUUCCAAAAGCUAUGAACUUACCAAAAAGAACAUUGAGAAGCCGAGCAGGUGGACAUUUGAUGAAGCAGCUGCCCACCUUUACCACCUUAUGAAGAAUGACAGUUAUCAGAGGUAUCUACGGUCAGAGAUGUACAAGGAAUACCUCAGUGGAACAAAGAAAAAAUCCUCAAUAAAAGGUAUUCGCUCAGUGAUCUUUCCAGGCAGGAAGGACCAGAAUUCAACCUAAUAUUUGUGGUCACACUACUAUGUGUACAGGAUCCAUUUUGACCCUAGUGGAAGAAUCUUUCACCUGAUGAGGACAAGUCAUCAUUCAUCAACUGAACUAGUCACCUUCAUUUCUGAGAGAAAAAGCAGGAAUCUUGAAUGUUGUCAUUGGUGGGACAGGACUUCAUCAUCUAAUUUGUUAGAUGUCUCUUGAGUAUGAUUGGAUCAUCCCACUUAAUAAUUAUUAUUGACGUUAUUUUAUUCUAUGAUCAUGCCCUGUUUCACAAGUAUGAGGACAUAGUUUACAUCUCCUAGCAUUAUAAAAUUAUUUAUCUUUAUAUGAACAUUCAAUUUAAAACUUAGCAAAUACUAAAAAAGUUCAAGUAGAAGUAAAGGAUCAUUUGGAUCAAAUCAACUUUAAUGACAAAGCAAGAAUUAAGAAAUAGAUUGCCUCAUGUUCUGCCUUCUCUGUAUAAUAAGAUUCUGCACUGUUAUUGCCUUUAGCUAAAUUUUUAUUUCCUAUAAGCUUUGUCAUUCAGUGCUAAUAAUUAGGCGUAGGAGAUCUGAAGUGAGCAGGAGAACAAAACAUUUUGUAAAAAAAUGUUAUGCUAAGGAAGUGGAAAUUUCUAAAUAA